AUGGAUUUUGAAAAUAUCACCCUGGACUCAACCAGAGAGAACCAGAGCAGCUGUGAUGUGUUUGUCUACCAAAGAGCUGCAGUGGUUCUCUUUCCUAUUUUCUACUCUGUGGUUUUCAUAAUUAGUGCAUGUGGCAACAGCUUGGUUCUCUAUGUAAUAUGCCAGAGGAAGCAGAAGAUCAACUCCACGUCCAUCUAUCUGGUCAAUCUGGCUGUAUCAGAUACCCUGUUCACACUGACGUUGCCUGGCAGAAUCAUUUACUACAUCCGCCACUUUGACUGGCCCUUUGGUGAUCUUCUCUGUAGACUUACCACACUUCUCUUUUUUGCCAAUACUUACGCAGGUAUUGGCUUCAUGACCUGUAUCAGUCUGGACCGAUACUUGGCCAUGGUGCAUCCACAUCGGUUGCAGUGUUUGCGGAGUGUGAAGGUGGUUCGCAGGGUCUGCUGCCUGGUCUGGGCUCUGGUAUGCCUGCAGAUAGCUCCCCUGUUGUUCCGCAGCAUGCUGCGUGAGCACCAGGAAAGACAAACCUGUAUGGAGUACUUUAACUUUGAUGGCUCCCGCGUAACCCCUUAUCUCCUGCUUCUGGCCUGUGCCACAUCCUUCUGCUGUCCGCUUAUCAUCAUUGUGGGCUGUUACACAAAGAUCAACCUGAAACUGCGAGCUGCAGCCAAGCAGAAUUCUAUAACUGGUCGAUCAAGGAGGAAUCAUAGAGCCAACACCAUUAUUCUCCUCAUCCUAGUUACCUUUCUCAUAUGCUUCAGUCCUUACCACCUGAACGUGAUGCAAUUUAUGACCAGAAAGAUAAAUCACCAGUCAACCUGUGAGGAGCUCAGGACCUUUAAGAUGUCUUUGCAGAUUACUGUUUCACUAAUGAACUUCAACUGCUGCUUGGACCCAGUCAUCUACUUCUUUGCCAUUAAGACGUACAAGAAGCGAGUGUUGAGCCUGUUUAAGGACUAUCUGUACACUACUGGUGCCUCCUCCAAAAUGACAACUGAGAACAGCAGCAGCAACACCUGAAAAAACCACAGCUAAAUUUGCAGAUGUGUAAACAACAAGUACAGAGAAGAUCUAGUUUACUCUGUAAAACACAAACACAAAAGGGAUAUUUUAGUCUCUCAUAUGAAUGAACAAGUCUUUCACUUAAGCUGUCAUGGCAACUUUACAUGUAUAUAAGUGUUUGUCCCCCAUCCCCCAACAUUUCUGCACCCUCUUUAAGUGUUGAGGACAACAUUUGUAUAAGAAAACUGUACAAAAUGUAUUGUUUCAUAUCUAUUAGAUUUUCUUAUUACCUUUCAUAUCCUUGCUUUUUCUGUAAACAUGUGUGUGACAGAACAGUAGUAUCCUACAGUUCCCAUUUUCUUUCUUUCAUUUUAACCAAAACUAAUUUAGGUUAAUCAGUGUUUGUGUACUAGGCCAAAGGUUUUUUGUUUCAGUGAUAAAUAAGCUGAGAUUUUGUUCAACUACGUAAAAUAUGCUGUGGGCAAUAAUACAGUAGUACAGCAGCUUUCACUUCCUUUGUGUUUUUUCCCCCAUGUCAUGUGGAAAAAAUUUUAAUGCGUGUGAGUUAAUGUCAGUGGUUUACUAUUUGACACCAAAGCUUGUAGUACAGUAGUGUCCUCCAGUUGUGUUUAUUCAUUUUAACCAAAACAAAUUUUAGUUAUUCUGUGUUUGUGUAUUAGAUGGCUCUUUGUUUCAAUAUUUAUGUUUACAAAGUGAAGAAAAUUUCCUAACCUUGAUAAAUAAGCUCAGAUUUUUUCCACUAUGUAAAAAUGUUGUGGUCAUUGAUGUAGUACUAUGGCAACUUUCGCUUCUCUACUCGCCCCAAGUCAUUUGGCAUGAACUUUCAUGUGUGUAAGCCCGUGUAAUCAGUUUGUUAUUUGACACUGAGGCCUAUCAUUAGAAAAAUCUGGUAUGGGUGCUCUUCUGCUUUAAAUAAAAAACAUU